AUGACAAGUGGAAGUUCACUGACUGCUUUUUUACUUGAGAUCUUUCAACAGAAAAAUAUCAAAGAGGCUCAGAUCAUGAGCUCCCGCCAGAGCACCACGCCCCACAGGCUUGGGAUGUGGAAGGUCUUCGGCUCAAUUCUUGUCCAAUUGACUUUGGUUACUGCUCUGCUGGAUACUGUCCUUGGUGAUUGCGGUCUUCCACCCAAGUUGCAGUUCGCUUCUCCACUCAGCCAGUUGUAUGAGCCCAAUUUCAAAGCUGGAACUGUUCUGAAAUACGCCUGCCACUCUGGCUACAGGAAAGUCAAUUCCAGUCGCGUCACUUGCGGUGCCUAUGGUGCAUGGAUCUACAAUAUCUUUUGUAUCAAGAAACAAUGCAGGAACCCAGGAGAGUUAACCAAUGGUAAAGUGGACGUUAUGACUGAUUUUCUUUUUGGUUCAACCAUACAAUUCAGCUGCUCAAAGGGGUAUGUCCUCAUUGGUUCAACAAAUAGUCAAUGUGAGGUCCAAGGUAGCGAGGUUGAGUGGAGUGACCCUCUCCCAGAAUGUGUAAUUGUCAAGUGUGAGUCCCCUCCAGAAAUCAGUAAUGGGAAGCAUGGUGGUGGAGAUGAAGACCUCUACACAUUUGGAUCCUCUGUCACCUACAGCUGUGAUCCCAACUUCUCACUCAUAGGCAAUGCCACCAUUUACUGCAUGGUGGAAAAUAAAACAUUAGGUGUCUGGAGACCAAACCCUCCUGUGUGUAAAAAAAUAUUCUGCCAUCAGCCACAGAUUCCAAAGGGAAUCUUUAUCUCUGGAUUCAAACCCUUCUAUACUCACAAAGACUCUAUUGUGGUAAGCUGCAAGAAAGGUUACGUCCUCCGAGGGAGUAAUUUAAUCCACUGUGAAGCUCAUAAUGAGUGGUACCCCUCUGUUCCCACCUGUGAACUCAAUGGUUGUUCAGACUUACCAGAAAUUCCUGGUGCUUUCUUGGAGAAACAUAUCUUUGCUCAGAAAACUCAGGAAUUAUUUGAAAUUGGGACAAAGUUGAAAUAUCAGUGUAAGCCUGGCCAUCACGCAGCAGAUGAGCUGACUGUGACUUGUCAGCAAAAUUUGAUAUGGUCAACUUCCAAAGGAUGUGAGAAAGUGUGUUGCCCAACACCAAAUCUGGAGAAAAUCAAAAUCGUACGUGAAAAGAGGGAUUUCACUACUGUGUGUGCCUAUAUUUCUGGAGACUUUAUUUUCUAUAUGUGUGAAGAAGGCUACUACACUGCUUCUUCUGAAGGAAAGAGUACAUGCCAAGAAGAUGGCACCUGGAAGCCUCAAAUUCCAGAAUGUAAACCAGGUUGCAAUUUUCCACCUAGCAUUGCCCACGGACGUCACAAACGAGUUACUUCAUACAAUUUCUUCAAAUAUAAGAUUGCAUAUGAAUGUGAUAAAGGAUACCAACUGGUGGGACCAGCAAAACUCUCCUGCAGUUCUUCUCAGUGGUCACCGGAGCCCCCUCAGUGUAAAGCUCUCUGUUUGAAACCAGAGAUUGAAAAUGGGAAGCUGUCUGUGGAUAAGAAUCAGUUUCUUGAAAAGGAAAGUGUCACCAUCCAGUGUGACUCUGGCUUUCGAGUGGUGGGUAGCCCAAGGAUCACCUGCUCACAAAACAGAACCUGGCACCCGGAGGUGCCUGAGUGUGAGUGGGAGGUCCCUGAAGGCUGCGAGCAAGUACUUUCUGGCAGAAAACUCAUGCAGCGUCUCCCAAGCCCAGAGGAUGUGAAAGUGGCCCUGGAAAUGUAUAAGCUGUCUCUGGAGACGGAACUACUGGAAUUACAGAGAUACAAAGCAAGACAAUCUGUUCUGGAGACACCGYUGUAA